GGAGCGGGGAGCGGGAUGUGUCUUCUGCUCGGGGCCACGGGUGUGGGGAAGACGCUGUUGGUGAAACGCUUGCAGACUAUCCUUCCGCGCCGGGUCGGGGGGAUGGGGCCUGGGGCGCAGCUGAGCUCCCGGGAUGGGAAGGGCGACCUGGGCGAUCUUCCCCCCACGCGGCCCACGGUGGGUACCAACCUAACGGACAUCGUGGCUCAGAGAAGGAUCACCAUCCGGGAGCUGGGCGGGUGCAUGGGCCCCAUCUGGUCCAGUUACUAUGGAAACUGUCAUUCUCUCCUGUUCAUGGUGGACACCUCUAACCCUACCCAGCUCUCUGCAUCCUGUGUGCAGCUCCUGGCUCUCCUUUCGGCAGAACAACUUGCAGAAGCAUCGGUUCUGAUUCUCUUCAAUAAAAUUGACCUGCCGUGUUACAUGACCAUAGAAGAGAUAAAGUCGUUAAUCAGGCUCCCGGACCUCAUUGCUUGUGCCAAGCAGAACAUCACCACGGUAGAAAUCAGUGCCUGGAAAGGCACUGGCUUGUCAGAAGUGCUGCGCUGGCUCGAGGACACCCACAGAACGAAUGGUUGACUGCAGGGCCGAGAAGCGUGGCUGGCCUGCUCUGUGGCAAGAAGGCAGAAGCAAGCAUUACUUGGCCUCUGGCCAUCUGCUGCUUUUAUAAGGGCAGGAUAAAUCCUAGAAGAUGGGGUUCUGUGCUGAGUUGCAGUGAUGGGUAAACUGAGGCACCCAGGUUAUAGAAUUCCUGACAUCUGCCCUCUGGCUCCAGAGCUGGGAGAGGAGGACAGGCCUUCCAGGUGGCUUGUGUCCUACACCAUCCUGGGAUGGUUCCAGGGGAUUUGUUCCCCUGCCCACCAGGAGAGCUGCUCUCUCAACUCUGAUACAAGCUCCAACCUGUUGAGUUUCUGAUACCUUGACAGUACAAGGAAGCUUGUGGGAAAACACCUAUUGCUUGGUGCAUUUGUGUCCUAGGGCCUCUGUAACAAAUCGCCACAAAUGGUGGCUUGCAGCAGCAUAAACUUACAUUCACGGUGCUGGAAGCCAGAAGUGUGGAGGCUCUGAGGGAGAAUCCAUUCCCUGCUUCUAGUGGCUGCUCGUGCCGCUUGGUGUUGUUGGCUUGUGGCUCGCGGGACUUGAAUCUCUGCCUCUGUCUUCACGUGGUCUUCUCUCCUCUUUUUAUAAGGAGGAUGUAGGGCCCACCCUAAAUCCAAGGUGAUUUCAUCUCAAGAUCCACAGUUACAUGUGCAAAGAUCCUUCUUCCAAAGGUCACCUUUGCAUGUUCCGGGGGUUACAACUUGGACGUAUCUUUUGGGGCCACUAUUAAACCUACUGCAGUCUAGUAAGAAA